GAUUACAUGAAUCUUGAUUUUUUUUUAAUGGAAACAUCGCUUUUAAAUGUUGGUUAAAUGUUGGCAAUAAUAUAAAUAAAUAUUUACGAAAUGAACUUACAUGAAAAUAGUUUUAUAACCAUUAAGCUAGUUAAGUAAAGGAGAAAUACAUUUUUAUAGGUUUUAUUAUCUGUGGAUUUUACAAUGAUUCACAGUUUGUUUAUCAUCAACCAUUCAGGAUCAAAUUUCCUCUCUAGGCCCUUGUUGGUUUGUUAGUUUGCACCGAUCAUUUAUGCAGUUUAGGAACUUGUGUUUGAUUGCUGUGGAUGGCAGACGUUUGUGGCUGUUCAAAAGACAUCAGGCCAUGGAAAAAUAAUAAGUUUUAUUAUCGACUGAAGAAAGUAACUGGGGACAAGCCCAUUUUCCUGAACACAUUCCUCUGUUGUGAAAAAAUACUUUGGAAAAAUUUGUGCCCUUGCUGGCCAAAGUCGGCCAAAGAUCAUAUUUUCACACAAAGUUUGCACUAAUAUUGAGCUGUACAAUUUUCUGGGAGAGGUCUCACUGGUCUGUUUGCAACAUUGAAGAAUGUCCGAAGUUUUUUCAUGAGCAGUUGCAAGGUCAACAAAAUGGUGACAGAAACGAUAAAGUCACGAGCUGCAGAAAAAGGCAUUCGUGCUGUCAGACGGAAGCAAAAACGGUGAAGAAGUGGAGGUUGUUGAAACUUUUAAAGAAUUUCCUAAGUUCGAUAUUCACCUUGGAUAAUACAGAAUUUAUAGAGUUGCCUUCAACGAAUGAAAAGUUACUUCAUGGAUGGCGAACGUUACGAGUCUAAAGGUGAAGGAACGGAAUAUUACCCCGACUAUGAAAACAGAAGUAAAAACGGUGGAGAAAUUAAAAUUAUUGCAACACUUGAAAACAAAAGAAUACGUUCAGACGGUAGUAAAAACGGUGAAGAAGUCAAUAGUGUUGAAUUACUUGAAGACCGGAGAAUUUUUUUUAAACAGUUAACUUUGAUGAUUGGCGCAAAAAAAUAACUACAAUAAAGAAAAGUUUGCUGUUCACAUGAAGAACAUUGGAGAACUUAGAUAAAUUUUUGCAUUACUACUAGAAGAGAUCUAGCUUUCAUGGUUCCAGCAGUUAUGGGGAUCUUGGAAGAAGGGAAUUGUUCUAUGAAUAAUGGCGAUUAUAAAACAGCUAUUGAACAUUACAAUAAUUGUGUAGAAGUUGCAGACGAAAAUAGCCUGAAAACGAUAGCAUAUUUUGGUCUUGGUAAUGCUUACACACUCUUUGAUAAUUGGGAGGAAGGAUUGAACAGUUUUAAGCAUUGCUUAAAGUUUUCGUCUAAAAUUGAAACGGAAUAUUUUGAACAUCAAGUAUACCUUGGCCUGGGGAGUGUUCAUUCCAUUAUUAAAAGAUUGGAGGACGCCAUGAAGAAAGAUGAAAUGGAAUGUCUCUGCCAUAUUGCAUUGGGAGGAUUGAAUAAAUUGCUUAAAAAUUAUGAGCAAUCUUUGGAGCAUUAUAGAAAAGGAUUUUCUCUUAUCGAAUCUCAACAUCAACAACAUGAACAGCACCAUCGACCACAACGACAAAGAAAAGUUGGUGGUAUCAACGUUAGUAAAGACUUCGUCAACCUUAACAUGAAGAAUUUGUCAAUUAUUACUUCAGCUGGAAUUGUCAGUGGAGUGUUGGCUGUUUUAUGGGAAUUAGCAGAAUUGUUUGAUAAACUUGAGCAAUAUAGGGAAGCAGCAGAUAUUUAUGAAAUGUAUCUGGGGUUUGCCCAAGAAGAUGAAGAUAUAGAAAAACAAGAGAACGCUAUGGAAUAUCUGAUACAAAUAUACGAAGAAGAAGAGCGUUAUUACUUACGAAAUUCGAUGGAAGCGAAGUUACAAGAAAUCAUUAUGAAAAAGAACGAAAAAGAGUGGGAAUACAUUGGUGAAUCUGUUAAACAUAAAGAAUUGUUCUUAAGAUUGAUUAAGUAUGGACGAAAUCCCAAUGUCGAGGUCAAGCAUGUAGACAAUGUACGUGUGAUAAUCUCUGAGGAGUUUUGCAUCGGUAGAGGAAGUGAUGGAACCCGUGUUUAUCUGGGACUGAAAAAGGAUGGUUACGGCAAAGCAGUGAAACGAAUACGUCAAGAUAACUGCAUCACGAUUGCCAAGAAAGAAAAGGAAAUCUUGAGUGAAUUCAACGCAAGGGAGUCGAAAUAUGUUGUGAAAUAUUACUACUUAGAAGAGGACACUGGAACAGACUAUGUCUAUUUGAUACUAGACCUAUGUGAAGAAUCGUUGGAGAGUUUUGUGGAAUCUUCUACAUUGCAGGAUCUUCAAAAAUCUCUUCCCGAAAUUCUCAGACAAGUGUUAAAAGGAUUAGCUGAUCUUCACUGCGGCCCAUGUCCUAUUCUUCAUCGGGAUUUAAAGCCUUCCAAUGUUCUCCGAGACGCACAUGGCAAAUUUCUGAUUGCUGACUUUGGUAUAAGUCGAAAAUUGAAGGGUGGCCUUAAGACAUAUCAUACUAGCUCUAAAAAGGGAACUCAGGAUUGGAUUGCUCCUGAAUCAUAUUGUAAAAAUGAAGAUUCUGUUGAUAAAGCAAGUUACAAAAAAGAGUCAGAUGUAAUGAAUGCAGGAAUGUUGGCUUAUUAUGUUGCAACAAAAGGAAAACAUCCUUUUGGACCUUCAGAGUAUAGAUUGAAAAACUUGUUAGAUGGAAACCCUGUUGGCUUAAAGGAAAUCAUAGAUGUUCAACUUAAAGAUCUACUUUCAUGGAUGCUACAACAUUUACCAGAAGACAGGCCAUCUGCCAAAAAGGCGUUAAAACACCCUUAUCUACUAUCUGAUGAAGAAAAGUUUAGUAUGCUAUGUGAUAUGGGAAACCAACCGGAAAUGAAACAAUCACAAAGUCAAAGUUCUCCGAAUUCAGAUGUUGUUGCGCAAUUGUAUGCUCCCAUGGAAUGGAUGACGCGUAUCGAUGAUGAAGUCUUGAAAGAUUUCAUAACCUUUGAAAAGAAUGGCAAAAAGAAAACUCUGACAUACGAGCCUACAUUGGCAAAGUGUUUAAGAUUCAUAAGAAACGUGAAAGAGCAUUGGUACGAUGAAACUCGAACACAUCUGUUGCGUUUUGUCAAGGAAGGCAACUAUAUAGAUUAUUUCUUGCAACGUUUUCCUGAACUGCCUCUUCUGGUGCACAAAAUCAUAAGAUUGACUGACUGGAAGACAAGAGACGAUCUUAACAAACAUUUUACAGCUUAGUCAUAACAACAAUUUUUUAUGUUAAACGAUGUAGCCAAAUUAGAAUUCCAUGACACUAUACAAUGUCCCAAUUUAGUUGUUAUUUUCACUAAAAAGGUUUUUUCAUUUGAUAAUAAUCAAUAUGCAUGUUUUAAGUACUCUAUAAAUGCUUUCCAAGAUGCAUUUUCUUUUUUUUAUGUGAUUUUUGAUUCUAAUAUAUUGUCAGAAGCUCCGGCAAGGGGGACAACUGCCAAUAAUAUAUUUCACAUACUGAAGUUUCUGUAAACGUAACUUGAAAGUUUCAGUUGAAAUAAACAUUUCGUUAUGUA